AUGAACAACAUCUUCAUAAACAAUAAGAAAAUCAAUCCAGUCAUGAACUUCUAUCAUUUUGGCCUUGAUGCACAAACUUUGAAUGUAAUAAAUAAUGAUCUAAGAUUUGACAAUCCCACAGCUAUUCAGUCACAAACAAUCCCAGCUAUUAUGUCAGGAAAUGAUGUCAUCGGUAUAGGUAGAACUGGUUCUGGUAAAACAAUGUGCUUUCUUCUAAGUAUGUUGAAGCAUAUAAAACAGCAAAGGCCUCUAGCAAAUGGUGAGACAGGUCCUUUGGGAUUGAUAUUAUCACCCACUAGAGAGUUAGCUUUACAGAUCUUUGAAGCGUGUCAAGUAUUUCUCAAAAACACAAAACUAAGAGCCAUUUGCUGCACAGGUGGAUCUGAGUUGAAUAAACAAAUUAAUGACAUCAAGAAAGGUAUUGAAAUUAUCGUUGCGACGCCUGGUCGUUUUAUUGAUUUGUUGACAUUGAACAAUGGGAAAUUAUUAAAGACAGAUAGAAUUACUUUUGUUACAUUAGACGAAGCUGAUAGAUUGUUUGAUUUGGGGUUUGAACCACAAAUUAAUCAAAUCAUGAAAACAAUUAGACCUGAUAAGCAGUGCGUUUUGUUUUCUGCAACUUUUCCUUCAAAACUUCAAACUUUUGCUGUGAAAAUAUUGAAGAAACCCGUCAUUAUUGCAGUUGGUAAUAAACAAGUUGUCAAUGAAAACAUCACACAAAUGGGUAAGAUGUUUGGCACCGAAGACGAAAAGUUCAAUUACCUUCUAAACUUAUUGGGUAAACAAGGUGAUCAAAAGACAAUCAUCUUCUGUGAUUCCCAAGUUCAAGUGAAUUUUAUGAAUAAAAGACUAGUUGAUAAAGGUUAUUCACCUGUUCCAAUUCAUGCUGGUUUACCUGCUCAUGAACGUACUACCAAUCUUUCAAAUUUCAGAAAAGGUUCCAACAUUUUAAUAUGUACAGAGGUUUUAUCUAGAGGUUUGGAUGUUCCAGAGGUCAACUUAGUUGUCUUGUACAAUGCAGCUAGAACAUUUGCUCAAUAUGUCCAUACAACAGGUAGAACAGCCAGGGGUAAUACAAAAGGUACUGCUAUAUCAUUGUUGUCAAAAGAUGAGGAUACACAAGCAUUUAUCUUGUAUAAGUGUAUGGUUGAAGAUGAGAUACCGCAAGACAUUAAGGAAUUGGCUGUCCAAUUUGAGAAAGAGUUGAAAGCCGGUAAGAAAAAAAUUAGUUCUGGGUUUGGUGGUAAAGGUUUAGAUCAUCUUGAUAAACUAAGAGAUGAUACUGAAAAGACUGAGAGAAAGAAAUAUGGUGAAGAUGAUCAAGAGAAGAAGAAGAUUGUUGCUGUUAAUAGUGAUGGCGAAGAAGUUGAUAACGGGGAGGAUGGCGACAAUGAGGUAGAUGCUAGUGCUAACAUUGAUAUUGUUUAUAAUUCUAAAAUUGAUGGGUCAGCUCCAGAUAGUGGUACCUAUAAUGCAAGAAUUAAUAUCAAUGAUCUACCACAAAACAUUAGAUGGAUUGCAACAAAUAAUACAACGUUGACAAAAGUUAUUGAACAAACAUCUACAUCGGUCACUUAUAAAGGUAAAUUUUAUCCAGAAGGUCAACAACCAAAAGAAGGUGAAGAGCCAAAAUUGUAUUUAUUGGUUGAAGCUGAAAAGGAUUAUCAAGUUUCAGAGGCUGUUGAAUUGUUCAAAAAGAUAAUCAUUGAUGGACUAAAGAAAGCACAACACCAAACUGGUAAAUUUUCUCUAUAG